AAAAGCAAAAGCAAAAGCAAAAGCAAAAGCAAAAGCAAAAAAAGAAAAGGAACCAUUAUUAUGUCAAUUGAGGCAUUACGAGAAGAUUUAAAUACGACGAUUGUUACACAAGAAAAGAGCCAUCAAGAAGAAGACUUUGAAAUCAAUAAUAAUAACGAACUCACACGAACCUCUACUUUACAAAGCGUACAAAAAAAGAUGACCAACCUUUUAGACAAUAUUGUCUUUGCUGCAUUUUUAAUAAUUAUAGCUGGUGCUUGUGUAGCAUUUCAAGCAGGCUGUAAUGCUACAUUAAAUCGAUAUGGUGGUAGAUCAUUUUCCUCGGUUAUUUCAUUUUCUGUAGGUCUGAUAUGCUGUUUAUUAUUCUUUACAUUUGAUAUAACACUAGCAAAGACACCAUUACCUACUGAACAUGUCAAAACUGCACCAUGGUAUGCUUGGAUAGGUGGUAUUUUAGGUGCUUAUUAUGUGAUUAUUAAUAUUUUGACUGUUCCAAGAUUAGGCGCUGCGACGGUAUUGAGUAUAUUUGUGUGUGCUCAGAUUAUCACAGCAUGUCUUAUUGAUAACUUUGCAUUAGUUGGUGUCGAAAAACGACCUUAUACCAUUUGGAGAAUUUUGGCUUCUUUAGGCUUGGUAGGAUGCGUUGUGGUGAUUGCUAAAUUUUAAUGAUAAAAAAAAAAGCCCCUUUCAAUACCCAUACUACGUCCCUUUUUAAUGUAUAUAUUUUUUUUAUAUGUGUAUAUUUUUUUAACCAAUUAAAGUUACACGACCAAAAAAAAAA